AUGCGCCUCUGGUUGCCCGACUGGGAACUCCGGGAGCGCUCGCCGUCGACCGAAAGCGAGGCCUCCACGGCCAGCUACUCAAGCCUCGCCAGCGACGCGUCCUUGUAUGACGCGUCGUCGGGAGAUGAGGCCGGGCUGGCCGAAACGGGUGGCCACGACACCGCCACGCGCCGGUCGGCUCCUCCGCUCGCGUUCGCGUCGCCCCCCGCGCGCCACUUCUCUCCACUGCCGUCUUCGUCCCCGCUCUUCUCCUCGGCUCAGGAUGCGAUUGUUUGGAUACCCGGCAGGGCGGGCGUUACGCUGCCUGACCGGGUAUCACCAGAAGCCGCUCAAGGACGUCAGGGCGCCUGGCUUUCGCCACCGGCCGCACGGGCCACGCCGGCGCCUAUCCGGCUUGUAGACGACGUCCAAGACCUUCGUCCGUUUGCUGUGCCACCCGGCAGGGCGUGCCGCAUGCUGCCUGUCGAGGUGGCGCCUGGACUCGUGCCCGACUCUCAGAGCGUUGGCUCCCCGGGCGCUCAGACGCCUUGCCCAGGUCCGAGUGACUUCCACACGCCGCGUCAAGACCCCGGACUGUCUUCUCCGUGCGCCGAUGGCCCCCCGAUCGAAGAUGCGAAUGAUUUGGUACCCGGCAGGGCGGGCGGCAUGCUGCCCGACCGGGUACCACCAGAAGACAAUGAAGACCACAACGCCGACUCUCAGAGCGACCACUCCCUGGGUGCUGACAGGCUACACCCGGGUCCAGCCGACACUGCACCGACCUCCGCUGCCCUCCCGCCUGCCCCACCAGCCCCUGCCAAGGCUCCCGACGAAGACUUGCUUGCUUCCCAACCCGGCAGGGCGGCAGGCAUGCUUUCCGCGGGGUACGCGCUUGUAGCCGCUACGGCUCGCGCCCUGGGCGUCACGCACGACACCAGCGACCCUGCGGACAGCAGCAGCAGCAGCGAUGGGGAGGGCUCGAGUAACGAGGCAAUUGCUUUCACUGUUGACGAAGACUGUCCAAGUGAUGACGACCGGCUUUGUCUGGCGGCUACGGAGCUGCCCGGCCAAGCUGGAUACACUGCAGUGGCCGCGGCUACACCCAUGCCAGCGUCCACUGCAGCAUCUGUCUCUGUCCCACUAUUACAGCUCUGUGACAACCGACUCGGCGGUCCGGCAUGCAUGCAGCCCGACCGAGUCGGGUUUGAUGAACCCACGUCCCUUGUGGACACUGCCCUGUCCAGUGCCGCUGUCCUGGACAUGGUCAAAGACGACUGCCAGCGCGCCGUCACCCACGACGUACCGGGUCCACUCCACGAACAUGUCCAGCCCGAAACAGGGCGACCGGACCCGGUACUAUCAGUGUACGCCCAUAACGCGCCCGCAUUCCCUUGCACGCUGUUUGGGCACACUGCAUGUGACAUGAGCGCGCUGUCGAGUCACAGACGGACCUCCCACCGUGGCACCUGCUUCGUGGACCACUUCCACAGCGGGUGCCCGUGUGGCAUCGGGCACAGGACUCGUGCAGCUGCUACGAAGCAUGCUAUGGAGUGUCGGGACAGCCCGUCCUACAUCCCUUCGGCUGCACGUGCUCCCCCGGGUCCGUCUCCGGUCCACUUUCGUUCUCGUUCUCGUUCCGUGUGGUCUGUUCCGGAGGACGAGGUGACCCCCGAACAUACCGGGUCCCUCGUCCUGUCUCCUUCCGUGGGUACAGCAGUUGCAUCAAGCAGCACUGUGCCCACAGAUGCGACCACAUCCCAGAGCACCGUGCCUGCUCCCGUGGACCAAGCCGGGCACCUGCAUGUCCCCCCCGUGCGGUGCCCUUCGCCACCGCAGCCGCAUGUUCGGGUGGCGGGGAAGCGGCGCCGUUUAAACGAAGCUGCUGACCCGCCUGCUUCUCCUGACUGGGACAUGGACCAAGGAACCUCUGUGCUUGGAACCCCUGCUUGGCCCCCAGUUGAGGCAAACGAGGACCUGACUUUGGAUCAUGUGCUGGAUGAUGACAUUUCCGAAUUUCUUGUGGAUAUUUGUGGUUCUACUCUGGAUGCAGCUGACCCUUCGCUCACGGAGGAUGCUGCUGUCUCCGGUCGACUCGGGACGGGUGAGGCACCAACAUCAGCCCCGGCAGCGCCCCGACCUCUGACUUCUGUCGCGUCCAGCUCCCGUGCUACGCGGUGGGGGCCACGUCACGGCGCGAUCGGGUCUUCUGGGGCUGUCCCGCCUGCCGCUGAUGUCCCGGCUUGUCCUGCUCCUAUUUCUCGGGUGGCUGUUUCGGCUGCGCCCCGACGAACCAUGACUCGUUGGGGCCCCCGACUCGUAGUGACGCUACCCAUCACUGGGCGACGUACUCGCACUCGACGGCCAUCCUCCAGCGUACCUGAUUCUCCUUUGGUAGACCGCACCGCGCCUACUACGGCAGUUCCACCUGCUGAUUCGCCGAUAGCUCCGCCACCAUCACUGUCAGUGGUGGAGCCUACUGACCACCCAGCGGUUCCAGAGCACUGGCUACUACGUUUUGACGGGGCUUGUCGUCGGAACCCUGGUGCUGGUGGCGCUGGUGCGGUGGUAACAGACGCGUCUGGUACUGUGGUUUGGACGUGCUCCCACUUCCUGCCUGCCCGCGGUGAAACCAACAACACCGCGGAGUACUCUGCUCUAUUGAUAGGGCUGCAGGGGGCACUGUUCCACGGUGCCAAGAGGCUAAAGAUUGAAGGAGACAGCAACUUGGUGCUCGCCCAGGUGCGGGGCUCAUUUACUUGCUCCAACCGGCGGCUCCGGCGGUUGCGAGGUCGGGUUCGCUGCGAGUUGGGCCGCCUGGAUUGGUACCAGCUCAGUCACAUCGACCGGCAAGCUAACGCUCACGCUGACAGACUGGCUAACCGUGCCCUUGACCUCCGCCGUACCGCGUUGGAGUGUGGGCCCCACUCUGAUGACCUCUCCGCUUGUUUCACGCCUGUUUCCUCUCCGCCUUCCAGCCCAUCCCCGGCUGGGCCAGUCACAGAUGGUCCUCCCGAUGCGGAUACUGAUGGCUGUGUGGAUGACGAGGCCAUGGACGUAGAAGCCGAGAUCGCUGCUCGCGAUGGGGGUGAAGUUUUCCCGACUAUUCUCAUUGGUCCGGGUUCUACUCCAGCGCGACAACCUCGGCUCCGUCUCCGUCACUUGAGCGAGGAGGAGCAGGAUAUUGCUGCUGCUGCGGUACAGCACUUUGCGGAUGUCAUGGCGAGCAAGAUUACGGAUUCGGACAGUUGGAUAUCUGGUGAGGGAUACAUCUCGGCCAUCCCGGACCGGCUUCGCGAAGUGCUGCUGCCAUUCUCGGUGUCACCAAUGGGUACUUCAAGCUCGAGAGACAACUGUCCUCGCCAACGCCCACCUCGCGUGACGCGUACGCAGCGCGAACAUCGGUUGGAUGAGGCCCUUGAUGACAUGCAAGCGACGCAACAGGCGGUACCGAGUGACCGUCGCGCGGUCCGGAAGUCUCGCCGCCGCGUGGGUAGAAUACGAGCGUCUAUGGCUCAACUCGAGUUGCGUCGCCGCUUUGCGCAAGACGAAGCCAAGUGUGUUUCCUCUAUCCUCGAUGGUGCCUCUGCCGAAUCUGCGGGUGUCGAGCACCCCGAUACAUGUCCUAUUGGACGGGAGGAGCUUCACCAGCACUUCGUCGGCACGAGUUCCGCUCCUACCGCUUUUGAUUACGAUGCUGACUGCGGACAGGAAUUCCGGGAUGUUCUGAAUGGGUUCCCACGGACGCUUCUGGGUGAUGAUUGCUUUUCCGAGGCUUUUUCGAUGGACGAAGUGGAGGACCAGCUGUUGAGGGUAACUAAAACGUCCAGCCCCGGGCACGAUGGGGUUGGCUAUGAUGUUUACAGCCAGUUUGCCCCGCAGUUGGUACCCCUUCUGCAUACCGCUUACCGAUUCUGCUGGCUACAUCGGAUGAUACCUCGACUCUGGAAGGUGGGCAUGGUCCGCUUGGUUCACAAGAAAGGCGACCCGCUGCAACCUACGAACUGGAGGCCAAUUUGCUUACAGCCCGCUAUAUACAAACUCUACAGCGGGUUGCUGGCCAGGCGGCUGUCGUGCUGGUUGGAACUUAACCACCGGUUGCCCAUGGCGCAAAAGGGGUUUCGAGAGUUUAACGGAUGCCAUGAGCACAAUUUCCUGGCUACUACGAUGCUCGAUCAGACCCGCCGCUCGCGCCGCAAGCUCUACCAAGUCUGGUAUGACCUCCGAAACGCCUUCGGUUCGCUUCCGCAGCCCCUCAUGUGGCAGGUGCUCCGCCGGAUUGGUGUUGAGCCCCGGUUCAUUAACCGAUGCCAAGAUAUCUAUGAUGGGUCUGCUUUCGUGGUUAUGAAUGCGAAGGACGGGGCGACCGACCCGGUGCGACAGGAAGUGGGUGUCUACCAAGGCUGCCCCUUGAGCCCCCUUCUUUUUAUUGCUGCUCUCAUCCCACUGGUCCGCCGUUUGGAACUACUGGAGGAUGUCGGUGUGCCGCUGGCGGAGGGUGUCCGCCCGUGCACCACCGCUUAUGCCGACGACAUCAAGGUUUUCAGUGACAGUGCCGAUGGAAUCCGCCGCUGCCAUGACGCUGUCCGGAGGUUUCUCCAGUGGACGGGGCUGCGCGCUAACCCUGCCAAGUGUGCGAGCCUUGCGGUGACCAUUAAUGCUCGUGGUAACCCGACACUUGACGACAGUGUUCGGCUGGGGAUUCAUGGCGAUGUCAUUUCCCCGCUCACCCUUAAUGAGAGCUAUCGCUAUUUGGGGGUGGGCGAUGGUUUUGACCAUGUUCAGCACCGCCUCCAGCUCGAGCCAAAGCUCCAGCAGAUAAAGCGAGAGGCUGUGGCACUGAUGAAGUCUGGCUUAGCGGUGUGGCAAGUGGUGAAAGCGCUUAAGACUUACGUAUAUCCGAAGGUGGACUACGCGCUUCGCCACUUGCGCCCGCUUCGCUCUCAGCUCGAAGGAUUCGACUGUGCCGUGAAGCGUGGACUGCGACAUAUGCUGCGCCUGCCCCAGUCUUCGACCACUGAGUUCUUCUACGCGCCCACUUCUGGUGGUGGACUGGGCCUGCAGUCUCUAGUGGAGAUGCACCAAUCUCUGCAGGUGGCGCACGCAUGGCAGAUGUUGCACUCCAAGGAUCCAGCUCUAGUGGCGGUGGCGAAGGCUCAGGUCCUACAGGUCGUGCACAAACGAUACCGCCUAUUGAACGACCACUGGACGGGUCGAGACGACGAACUCGUACGUUUGUUUUUGAACUCCAAGCUCGCGUCGUCUCCCCACGCCACCAUCCAUCGCAGAUCGGGGGACAUCGCUUCGGUUUGGGUGGAUGUGCAGCGGGUGCUGUGCAUCCACCGUAUUACCUUUACUGAUCGCGCCGACGAGUCUGGUCAGGACGCGUUUGCGAUUCGCGUGCCGCACCACACCCAAUGGCUUGACCACAAGUCUGUCUUGCGGCACGUGAAGUUGCACAUGAAAAUUCGACACCAGACUCGGUGGCAGAGUCUGGUGGACCAAGGCCGGACGGCUCGGGUUCACGGUGGACCCGGGUCUAAGUUUGUGCUAUCGGGAGCGGGCCUGUCUGAUGCUGAACAUUGGUUCGGCAUCCAGGCUCGUCUAAACCAAGUGGACACGAACUCGGUUCUGAAGCGACGCCGUAUGCGGCCAAAUGCUCAUUGUCGACAGUCGGCCUGCUCGAGUGCGGAAACACUGGCGCACGUUUUGAAUCACUGUGCAUCCAAUAUGGAUUUAAUCCGCCAGCGUCAUGACACUGCACUCGAGCGAAUUGGUGUGGAGAUCAGGAAAGCGCUUCAACGGACCAAGUCGCAAGCAGAGUUACGACUCAAUCAGACGGUUCCUGAGUACACCGGUGCGGCUCUGCGUCCGGAUAUGGUGCUGAGGGACGUAAAUGCCAAGACCAUGGUGAUCGCUGACUUGGCAGUCACCUUCGAGACCCAUGGUGCUGGAUCUCGCCUUUCCUCGCUGCAGUCCAGCUAUGACUUCAAGAUGCUCAAGUACAAGCCUAUCGCCGAUGAACUCCGGCUGAAGGGGUGGAGAGUGGAGUCCGCUGCGAUUGUCUAUGGAUCUCUAGGCUCGGUGCUCCCGCGUAACCUCAAGACAUACACGGACACGCUCCACCUGCUCAAGCGCGAUGCUAGGACUCUGGAAUUUCGCCUUUCCAGUCAUUGUGUCCGCUCCAGUCGCCGGAUCUGGAGCUGGCACUGCCAACUACACAGGGAUCGACAACGGAGAGGGGCGGCUACAAGAGAGUCGCGCAGGUCCGGGGGGAACCUGCAGGCUCCUCAGCCGCCAGAGGCGCGGUGA